CGCCCCUCCUCGCCGUCUCCACGCCUCCGCGGGCAGUUACCGGCUCUGGCUGCUCGCGCCUCCCCAACUCGGGUAAAGCUCCUAGGCCCCUGCGUGCUGCGCCUCCGCAGCUGCCCUGCGCCAGGUGAGAGCUCGCGGCUCCCGGCUGCGGCUCCCGGCGCGUGGUGGCGGGCUCCGGGCGUGCGUCGCGGAGAGGACGGGGCCGGCGGGCGGUUGGCGCUCCGUUCGGUGCGGGGAGGGGCGUCACGCCGGGCGCUGCGCGGCCUCGGCGGGCGGCGGCAGUGGCGGCCACGGCCGCCGGGCUCUCAGGUUCUCUGCCCCCAGCUGGAGCCGUUCGGUGUCCGGGCGGAGAGACGGGCAGUCGGGCUCCCUGGCCUCGGGGCCACCCCGGCCGGGGCGGCUGGAGCAGAGGGACGAUGUCUGCUCGCGCCCCGGUGCCCGCCGCCCAUUCUCGGGAGGAUCCGCCCGCGGUGACUGCUGAGAGGGAGUCGCUGUUGGCCGCGGCGAACCGGCCGGCCGAGCAGCCGCCCCCGCCCGAACGUGAGGGCAAAGAGGCGGCGAGGGAGGACAGGGCCGCGGCCGCCACUAGCGCGGGGGCGCGGGGAGAGCCGUCGCCGGCGCUGGUGCUGGGACGCAGCGUGCCCCAGGCGGCUGUCCCCGUGAGGCCCCUGGCGCUGCACCUGGCGCACAAGGCGCGUGGGCCAGGUGGCCCCUUCGGCGGGGAGCCGCCACCGCCGCCGCCGUCGCCGUUGCCGCCGUUGCUGCGGGAUCCGCCGGCCGAGGACGCCCGGGAAGAGGCGGCAGCUGGCCCUGCGGAAAAGCGGCAGCCGCCGCCGCUGCCGCCUAAGGGAAAUCCCUGGACCAAAAAGCCUCCCCAGCACCUGUCCCCAGACACGACAGGUCCACCGCCGCCCCCGCUGGAAACCCUGGAGGCAGAGUUCGGUUCCCUCAAAAUUAUAAAAGCAGGAAAACUCAAGACAAAGAAAUCCAACAAGGCUAGUGAUUUCAGCGAUAUGGAGAAUUGGCCAACACCAAGUGAAUUAGUGAACACUGGAUUUCAGAGCGUCCUCAGCCAAGGAAAUAAAAAGCCACAAAAUAGAAAAGAAAAAGAAGAGAAGGUUGAAAAGAGAAGUAACAGUGAGAGCAAAGAAAAUCGGGAAACAAAGUUAAAUGGUCCUGGUGAAAAUGUCAGUGAGGAUGAGGCUCAGUCAAGUAAUCAACGAAAGAGAGCUAAUAAACACAAGUGGGUACCACUCCACUUAGAUGAUGUAAGAUCAGAGAGUCAAGAAAGACCUGGAUCCCGGAACAGCUCAAGAUGUCAACCUGAAGCAAAUAAACCAACACAUAACAAUAGGAGAAAUGAUACACGAAGUUGGAGGCGAGAGAGAGAAAAAAGAGAUGAUCAAGAUGAAGUUUCCAGUGUGAGAAGUGAGGGUGGUAAUAUCCGAGGUUCCUUUAGAGGUCGAGGAAGAGGCCGAGGACGGGGAAGAGGACGAGGCAGAGGAAAUCCUCGAUUGAACUUUGAUUAUUCAUAUGGUUAUCAAGAACAUGGUGAAAGGACUGAUCAACCAUUUCAAACAGAACUUAAUACCAGUAUGAUGUAUUACUAUGAUGAUGGUACAGGUGUACAGGUGUAUCCUGUGGAAGAAGCAUUGCUUAAAGAGUAUAUUAAGCGUCAAAUUGAAUAUUACUUCAGUGUAGAAAAUUUGGAACGAGACUUCUUUCUUCGGGGAAAGAUGGAUGAACAAGGUUUCUUGCCUAUUUCCCUGAUUGCUGGUUUUCAGCGUGUUCAGGCUCUCACUACAAACCUUAAUCUCAUCUUAGAGGCACUGAAGGAUAGCACAGAAGUAGAAAUUGUGGAUGAGAAAAUGAGAAAAAAGAUAGAACCAGAAAAAUGGCCAAUUCCAGGCCCUCCUUCACGCAAUGUGCCACCAACAGACUUCUCUCAACUGAUUGAUUGUCCAGAGUUUGUACCAGGCCAAGCCUUUUGCUCACAUACAGAGUCUGCCCCAAAUUCUCCAAGAAUUGGAAGCCCAUUGAGCCCAAAGAAAAAUAGCGAAACAAGUAUUCUUCAAGCAAUGUCUAGAGGUUUGUCCACCAGUUUGCCUGACUUGGACUCAGAACCUUGGAUAGAAGUUAAAAAGAGACAUCAGCCAGCACCAGUGAAAUUGAAGACAGAGUCUCACUCUUCCCCAAGCUGGAGUGCAGUGGCGCGAUCUCAGCUCUCUACAACCUCCCCAUCCAAGGAAUCAGUGUCUGUCCCUGAAGGGUCAUUAAAUCAGCUAUGUUCUUCAGAAGAACCAGAACAAGAAGAACUUGAUUUUUUGUUUGAUGAAGAGAUUGAACAAAUAGGACGAAAAAACACAUUUACUGAUUGGUCUGAUAAUGAUUCAGAUUAUGAAAUUGAUGACCAAGACUUAAACAAGAUUUUGAUUGUAACUCAGACACCACCUUAUGUGAAAAAACAUCCCGGAGGAGAUCGAACAGGCAACCACAUGUCUCGGGCAAAAAUCACAUCUGAACUUGCUAAAGUUAUCAAUGAUGGCUUAUAUUAUUAUGAACAGGAUCUAUGGAUGGAAGAAGAUGAAAACAAACAUACAGCCAUAAAGCAAGAAGUUGAGAACUUUAAGAAGCUAAAUCUCAUUAGUAAAGAGCAGUUUGAAAACCUAACACCUGAACUUCCUUUUGAGCCAAACCAAGAAGUUCCUGUAGCACCUUCACAGUCCAGGCAAGAUUUGACUGAUGAAUUAGCUCAGAAGCUAUUUGAUGUUUCAGAAAUAACUUUGGCAGCAAUGGUUUGUUCGUUGCCUACAGCAGUUCCAGAAUCUCCUAGAAUUCAUCCUACAAGAACACCCAAAACACCUCGAACACCUAGGUUACAAGAUCCUAACAAAACACCAAGAUUUUAUCCUGUUGUUAAAGAACCAAAAGCCAUUGAUGUAAAGAGUCCAAGAAAGAGAAAAACAAGGCAUAGCACAAAUCCCCCUCUAGAGUGUCAUGUUGGUUGGGUAAUGGAUUCCAGAGACCAUGGGCCAAGAACAUCCUCUGUCAGGCUUUUUUCCGCUUCCUCAAACAGCACUUCAAAUGCUUCACCUUCAGAAGGCACACCACUAGCAGGAAGUUAUGGAUGUACUCCUCAUUCAUUCCCAAAGUUCCAGCAUCCUUCUCAUGAACUUUUGAAGGAAAAUGGCUUUACCCAACAAGUGUACCACAAAUAUCGUCGAAGAUGCCUAAGUGAGAGAAAACGCUUGGGAAUUGGUCAGUCCCAAGAAAUGAAUACCCUCUUUCGUUUCUGGUCCUUUUUCCUCAGAGAUCACUUCAAUAAAAAAAUGUAUGAGGAAUUUAGACAACUUGCUUGGGAAGAUGCAAAAGAAAAUUACAGGUAUGGGUUAGAAUGUCUGUUCAGGUUUUAUAGUUAUGGACUGGAAAAAAAAUUCAGGCAAGAAAUUUUUCAGGAUUUCCAAGAAGAAACCAAAAAAGACUACGAAUCUGGUCAGCUGUAUGGACUAGAAAAGUUUUGGGCUUAUUUGAAGUAUUCUCAAUCUACGGCACAGUCUAUUGACCCAAAACUUCAGGAAUACCUCUGUAGUUUUAAGAGGUUAGAAGACUUCCGUGUUGAUCCCCCUAUUAGUGAGGAAUUUGGAAGAAAAAGACAUUCAUCUACUUCUGGUGAGGAGAGUAAUCGUCAUAGACUUCCACCUAAUUCCUCUACAAAGCCACCAAAUGCUGCUAAACCUACAUCUACCAGUCAGCUUCAGGUCCCAAUAAACGAUCCCAGAAGGAAUACUUCACCAGAGUCCAGUGACAAUUCACAUUAAACAGUGCUGCCUGUGGCCUGUGGUCUCAAGAAAUGGUGAAAUGCCUGAGAAAUAGACUCUUACGAAAGUUCUUUGUCCUUGAAGUCAACGUUUACAUCAGUAUUUAUUUAGGGAAAAUCUUCUGAUGUUUAAUUGUGAUAACCAGAAAGAAGAAAAAGAAAGAAAAGUGGUAGCAUUUUUUCUAACAAGAUAAAUUCUAAAAAUGUUUUCCCUGAUUUCACAAACAAGGAUAGUCUUGGUGACCUUUUAUAGAGAUCCUCUAGUAAUGUAUUUUGAUCUCAGAUUUCUUUUUCAAAGCCAUGGUUUUACAAAAACAGCAUUCCUUAAAUAUAUUUAAAAAACAAUACAAGGAAUGCCUAACAUUUCAGCUCAUACUUCUUAAAGAAGAUAUAGUAUGUUGUAUUCUUCUAUUCUAUAGAGCUUUCUUAAAGAAUCCACAAUCCAAUUACCCCACUGUCAAUUCAUAUUUGAACUUACCAAAAACAAAGGAGGAUUACGUAUAUAUUUUUUAAAUUCAAAAAAGAAUAUGAAAUUAUACAUUUAGUAUUUCUUUGAGACAUAUAGUUUAAAGAAAACUUUUUUUUUAAACAAAAGUAGGAAUAUAUAGCAAGAUUAUAGUUACAGUGAGUUUGAUGCUAGGUUUUGCUUUUCUCCCCCCAGUCAUAUCUCAUGAUUUCCACAGUUGUUGUAUUGGUGUGGAGUUUUCUGAAUUGGCAUAAGCUGAUUACAUAUUAGAGGUUUAUUUUUAUGAUUCUAUAUAAACGUGCACAAGUAAUUUAAAACCUACAUUGGGGUUGGUUGGAAUAUUGUCCUGAACUAAUUAAAUCUUGCACUGUUUUGAAUGCAUCUGCUAUUUAUACAUCUGCAAGUGGGUAGGUCAUAAGGAGUCAGAUUAUCUUUAAUUUAAAAUGAAUACUUAGUUUUACCUUUUUAUUUUUUGUUUGAUUUUGUUUUGUCUUUAUAAAUGUUUUCAAGAGUUAUAGCAAAUUGAUUUCUAAUUUUUAUUGCUAUUACAACUGAUGUAAAUGAUAGUUUCAGUUUUUGUGAGAUUAAAAAAAUAAAGCACUUAUUCUGAAUUUUUUGAAUUUUGAAUUAUUUUUAUUUAGAAUAUAGUUGAAAAGCUGUAAUAUUCAGUUUUGCUGGUAAAAGACCAUUAAUUUUUGUGAAUGAAGUUUCAAUUAUAAACUUACAUCCACUUUUAUUGAGCACUACAUAAUUUACAGAUAUUUUGUUGUACUGGCAAAAGCAAGUGGUUUCAAUAUGCUAGAUUAAUUUGUAUUUUCUUUUUGAGCAGAUUGGAUGUCUUGUUCUUAUAAAUUAUAAUAUUGAAAUGCGUAUAAUCUUUGGAUGGAUGGGCUGUUAAUUUGUAAAUAGGUUUUCAGUAAGUUAUUUCUCAUAAGUAAUAAUUGGCAAUUUUAUAAUAUUUACUGUUUGGAGGGUCAUUUUGAUGCUUUAAAUUGCUGAAAUACUCAAAUUUGAAUAUUCAGAAAAUAAAUUUAUUUAGAUAUAUUGUAAAGAGACUGCAAAACAAGCAAUGGGUUAGAAUAAUAGAUCUUCAAGUCUUUUCUUAAAUGGGAUAUGUAGUUCCAGCUUUUCAGUGAGAAAUUUCCAAACCAUGCUUAUUAGCUUUAAAUAGUCUCCUGAAAUGAUCUAUAAAUUUUUCUCAGUGUCCUUUUUGUGUUGAACACACACAUCUGAAACCUGUAUUUAACCAGAUAUUUCUACUCAACUGAAUAUACAAGUGUAAAUUUGAUUGGAAAAUUGUAUAUUAUAAAUGAAAAUAUAAUAA